AUGGCCUCUAUUCGCGUUCUUUCCUUCGAUGCUGAGGGCCGUCCCGUGCAGUUCACUUCCUGGCUCGACGACCUGCAGUUGUAUCUUAUGAGCAAUAGCACGGACCACAUCUCCCUCUAUGACUACGCGUCUGGUGCUGCCGCUGCUCCUGCUGCCACAGCCGAGCUUAGUGUUCGUUCCCACUGGCAGACUCGUGACGCAGCUGCUCGCCUAGCCAUUCGUAGUCACCUGCCGCUAGCUGAGCUCGAGCAUUUUGGCGACUGCAAAUCCGCUAAGGCCCUGUACGAUGCUGUCGCUUCUCGCUACUCCUCGCCUGCCACAGCCGAGCUUAGCCGCCUCAUGCUGCCUGAUGCUCGCCUGCGUGCCGCCCUUCCCACCGAGUUCUGCGCUAAGAACCCCCCUCCACUGUACUGGACACUCCACUUCAUAGUCACCCGUCUCCCUGACACCCUCCGCUCAGUUCGAGACCACUUCCUUGCUCGCUGUCCCACUGAGCUCACAGUCGCCCUCCUAGAGGAGCACCUGCUCGCGGCCGAAAAGAGCAUUGUAGCUGUCGGUGCUGCUCGUGGCGCUCCUCGCACCCCCAUCUUUGAGGGGUGUUCUCCCUCUCCCCUCGCUCCCUCCUACGCUGCUGCUGCUGCUGCUGUUGACUUCCUUGGUGCUGAGUCUGUUGGCGCUGCUUCUGCUCCUGGUGGGAGGCGCCGCACCGGCAAGGGCAAGGGGGGCAAGGGUGGUGGUGGUGGCGCUGGGGGGGGAGGAGGUGGGGGAGGUGGGGGGGGAGGCGGUGCUGGAGGGAGCGGUGGUGGGGGAGCGCUGGUGGGAGUGGGGUCGGUGGUGGAGGCGGGGGCGGCGGCGGAAGCAGUGGCAGUAGUGCUGCGGCUGGCGGCGGCGGCGGUGGCGGCGGUGGCGGUGGUGGUCGCGGGGUGUUGGCGGUGGCGGUCGGAGCGGUUGGUAGUGGUGGCGGCGGGGUCGGAGUGCAGGCACUUGCUCGGGCCAGAGCUCCCAGCAGCUAAGGCAGCGCCCAGACGACCCAGCAGCUUCACGUGUGGGAGGUUCCACACCCCGUACCGCUGCUUCUCCCGCCUUGACGACGCUUGGGUGGGGAGGGAGAUGGGCGCGGAUGUUGAGCGCCCCCGCUGGGCUGAGCUCAUGAGGGCUGGUGUUGAUGUCUUUGCUCUUGACUAUGAUGCUAUUAUUGCUGCCAUUGCUGUCCCGGCUGGUUUCGAGUCUGCUCUCUCAGGUACAGCACCCACAGAGACUGCUCUCCUCAGGUUCCCGCACCGGCGAGGCCUUGUCAACACCUUCACCCUUGACUCAGUCCUUGCCCAGUCCACCACUGUCCUCCCUUGUCCGGCGGUUCCGUCUGGCUCGUUGUCGGGUUUCCACCUCCCCUCGUUCUCGACGAACCUGGUGAGCAACGCUGUCCUCCAGGAUCAGUGGGUUGACACCUUUACCCCUGGCGGACAGCGUGUGGCGAUCUGCACGUGCUCCAGGGGACGGCCGUCACCUGGCUACGUUUACCCGUCGGCCGGGGUCGAGUCUCUACACACUGACCACUGCGUCUCCUCAGGUCCCUCCCUCCCCUCCCUGCCUCGCCUGCGCCGCCUUGCCUUCCUUGCGUCGAGGGGCGGCAGCGCGCCGUCCUCCUCCUCCUUUCCCCCGACAGAGGCUCCUCUGCAGACCCUCCACCUGGACGUGUGGGGCCCAGCCCCGCGUUCGUGGUCAGGGCGUGUGCGUGAGCGGUACUUUUUGCUGGUUGUCGACGACUACUCGCGUUACACCACGGUCUUCCCCUUGCGCACCAAGGGUGAGGUCCUGCUGUUAUGA